UACCUCCACCCCUCUCCGUCCUCUCCUGGCUCACUGAACAGUCACAUGGACUUGAUGCACUCCUGGAACUCCUGCAAGAUGCUCAAAUGCCCCAAAUGUAACUGGCACUACAAGUCCCAGCAGACACUGCAUGCCCACCUCAGAGAAAAACACCCUGCGUCUGGUGGGUCAAGGGGUGUGUGUGUGUACUGUAGCAUGGGGAAGGCCCACCCUCGUCUGUCCCGGGGAGAGAGUUAUGUCUGUGAGUACAAGCCCUACCGCUGUGGUGUGUGGGAUUACAAGACCUCUAAAGGAAACCUCAGCAUACACAUGCAGUCAGACAAACACCUCAGCAACGUACAGGUAGCAGGACACACACACCCCACACCCCACAGUCACACAGCCCCCUGCACACACAACACACCCUACCCCAGCCAGCCCCCUUCCCAGGGUAAGAGGUGGAGGUGUGAGGUGUGUGAUUAUGAGACCAGCAUUGCCCGGAAUCUUUGCAUACACAUCACCAGCGAGAAACACAUGCCUAACGUGCUGCGCCUGAAACAAACACACAACGUGUUGCAGAGAAGCUAUUACCUGGCCCACUGCAGAUGUCUGCCUCCUCAACUCACACACAGCAUAGGGGAGAGACCACACACACAUACUCAAUAA